CCGGCCCCGCCCCGACCCCGGCCGGCAGGGACGUCAGGGCGGCGGGCUCCAAGCGGCGGCGGCGGUGGUGGCUCACCUGAGCGGCUGCUCCCCUGAGCGGCGGCGGGUGGCGAGGCCCGGGGCGAGGGUGAGGCCGGCGGUGCUGGCCACGGGAUGAGGAAGCGGACCGAGUCAGUCGCCCUGGAGCAUGAGCGCCACGCCGCCUCGGGCUCGUCCUCCGCCGGCUCGGCCGCCGCGGCGCUGGACGCCGACUGUCGCCUGAAGCAGAACCUGUACCUGGCGGGCCCCGGGCCGGCCGAGCCGCGCUGCGCCGCCGACGCAGGCAUGAAGCGGGCGCUGGGCAGGCGAAAGGGCCUGUGCUUCCGACUGAGGAAGAUACUCCUCUGUGUCGUGGGGUUGUACGUGGCCAUUCCAUUUCUCAUCAAACUGUGUCCUGGGAUACAGGCCAAACUGAUUUUCUUGAAUUUCGAAAACCCUGACAACUUGAGGAUAUGGGGAGGGGGAAGGGUGAGCUGUGACAAAGUGAGAGAGAGGCAUGGACGUAUAUACACUACCAAACUGCGCGUUCCCUAUUUCAUUGAUUUGAAAAAACCACAGGAUCAAGGUUUGAAUCACACCUGUAAUUACUACCUCCAGCCAGAGGAAGACGUGACCCUUGGAGUCUGGCACACUGUCCCCGCUGUCUGGUGGAAGAAUGCCCAAGGGAAGGACCAGAUGUGGUAUGAGGAUGCCUUGGCUUCUAGCCACCCGAUCAUCCUGUACCUGCACGGGAACGCGGGCACCAGAGGAGGCGACCACCGGGUGGAGCUUUACAAGGUGCUGAGUUCCCUUGGCUACCACGUGGUUACCUUUGACUACAGAGGUUGGGGUGACUCAGUGGGAACGCCGUCGGAGCGGGGCAUGACGUACGACGCACUCCAUGUUUUUGACUGGAUCAAAGCGCGAAGUGGAGACAACCCUGUGUAUAUUUGGGGCCAUUCCCUCGGCACCGGAGUGGCCACAAACCUGGUGCGGCGCCUCUGUGAGCGAGAGACACCUCCAGAUGCCCUCAUAUUGGAAUCUCCAUUUACUAACAUCCGCGAAGAAGCUAAGAGCCAUCCAUUCUCAGUGAUCUAUCGAUACUUCCCUGGGUUUGACUGGUUCUUCCUUGAUCCCAUCACAAGCAGUGGAAUUCAGUUUGCAAAUGAUGAAAACGUGAAGCAUAUCUCCUGCUCCCUGCUCAUCCUGCACGCCGAGGAUGACCCUGUCGUGCCCUUCCAGCUUGGCAGAAAGCUCUACAACAUUGCUGCACCGUCACGCAGCUUCCGAGACUUCAAGGUUCAAUUCAUCCCCUUCCACUCGGACCUUGGCUACAGGCACAAGUACAUCUACAAGAGCCCUGAGCUUCCACGGAUCCUGAGGUUUCCUCCUCUGGUCCAGGGAAUUCCUGGGGAAGUCGGAACCAGGGCGCCAGCACUGAGUGUUACUCGCCACCUGAAGGAGCAUGAAGAUGUCUGCCCUUGUCCCCCCCUUCCUCCGGCCAGCCCGGCACCCUGGAGAUGUGCCUGGAGAGAGAACUCGGAUGCCAGCGGGCCAGGCAGAGGAGGCCCUGGCAGACCUGAGGCGCCCGCCCCGGGUGGCUGGGAGCACAGGUUUCUGUGGACAGCGUCGGGGGCGGGCAUGUGGCCCUCUCUCCCUCUUGCUGCCACUCAACCUGAGGUCUUGUUGGGAAGACAGUGACAGAACUUUCUGGCCAUCGGCUAGUUGAUCCCACACUUCCUGAGCUGGGCACCAGGAGCCUGGGGCAGGAGGCGUGGGGUCUUGGGACCACGUUGAGCUUUCUGGCACCACCCUCAAGAAUGUGGGGAAACUUGGGUUCUUUCUGUCCCUUCCCAGAACGGACUCUAGUGGUUCCAUCAGCCCCUCCUGCCCUGUGCACCCCGCUUGCCUUCCUUGGUGUCCCUGCCUCCCUGGGCGGCCCCACUGCUCCCAGCGGGGGAGGUGCCCGUGGUCUGCCUUCAUCCGAUUUCCACCCACCUGUCUACCUAACCUGGCCUUAGACGGAGCAUUUAUUUAAGAAUAAAAUCGUGGUGGUGGUC